AUGACAAACGUCCAAGAGCUUAUUUCUCAGCAAGAAGAAAGAGGCAGCAAUUUCGAAAAAUUCGUCUCUACUAUAAAGAAGGCACCUCUUGAAAGGAGAACGGAAGAGUUCUACAAGAGCAAACUUGAUGAACUAAGGCUGUUAUGGCAGAAUUUUGAGAAGGCAGAAAACAGAAUUAGCGAUGAUCCAUCAUUGUCAGAGGAUGAUCCGUAUAUUGCUCGGAAUCUAUAUAGAACAAUUGGAGAGAAGUUCAGCUCAACAAUGGAAUAUAUAGACGCGGAAAUGAAGAAACUGAGGUCAGCCAAAAGUAAGCCAGUUCCCACCUUGAGAGAGAAAUCGACUGAAGUUGUCGCAGGAGACAAAAUACCUUCCCGUGUUGAUGGGCUUGUCAGAAUGAUAAAUGCUCGAAUGAGUGCCCUUAGUCGUCACUUGCAAGGCUUGGGCACAAUCGAAGCGGAACAGCCGAAGCAAUUGUAUAGCAUCAAAGAAGAUACUAUAAAAAAGCUAUGGAAUCAAAUAACGGAGCUCUACGAUGAAAUAUUGCAGCAGAUUGAAGAUCCAUCGAAAAUUGGAUUAAGUCAAGAAAACUACGAUAUGCUGGAAGAUUCGGUACAAGACAACUUAAUAAAACUAGCAGUCUUGAAAGACAAAUGCAGCGAAACCGUGACCAUUGCACCUCAAUUAGGGAGUGACAUUAUAGCACACAGUUCACUCCCACUACCAAAGGUAACAAUUCCUCAAGUCAAUGGGGAUUGUUUGAAGUGGCGUCAGUUCUAUGAACUUUUCUUGGAGAUGGUAGACAAACAGUCUCUUCCAAGUGUUCAAAAAAUGUGGUAUCUCAAAACCAAUUUGUCUGGCGAGGCUGGUAAACUAAUCAGUCGUCUAUACUUGACAGAGGAUAAUUACAAAACGGCAUGGAUGUUGCUGCAAGAACGUUAUAACAAUAAGCGGGUUCUUGUUUCCACUCUAGUAGAACGGAUUUUGAAUCAACCAAAUGGAACUUCAUCAACGGCCUCCAUCAAGGCUCUGCAUGACACUACAAAGGAAUGCAUGCUAGCCCUCAACAAUCUUCAAAUCGACACAACGUCUUGGGAUGCUCUAUUGAUUCAAUUGAUCACAAAGAAAUUGGAUCACGCUCUGUACAUACGAUUCAUGCAAUCACUGGCGAAUCCGAAGGAAGUUCCUACUAUGAAAGAGUUGUUUUCAUUUUUGGAACUGCAAUUCGAAUCAAUGGAAUCGAUUGGAAAAGCGGCAUCUACGCACAAGGGUUCAAUCAAAACUGUUUCGUCCGUAAUAUCAGUGGAGGAUCACAGGAGUUGUAAACUAUGCAAGAACGACUCCCAUCCAAUUUAUCAUUGUAAGAAGUUCUUGGCAAUGACAGAAGGUGAGCGAUUGAAAUGGAUACAGCAACAUAAAUUGUGUGUAAAUUGUUUCAAAUCGGACCAUGCAGCAAAAACUUGUUUUUCUGGCAACUGCAAAAUAUGUAGUAAUAAGCACAAUACAUUGCUACAUUUGCCAAAAAAGUCUCAACCAUCUCCGAAGGCCUCAAAUCAAUCACCACCAACAAAAAUCGAUAUCGCACCAGUCAACGUUACUGCAGUUUCUUCGGCAUCAGCAGAAGAUCAGAAAAAUGUAAUUCUAGCAACGGCUAGAGUCAUCAUCAAAGCGACUAACGGUAUGUCAGGCGAAUUUAGAGCGGUGUUAGACUCGGGUUCGCAAGUGAACAUUGUGACGGAAAGACUCAUACAAAAAUUGUCACUUAGAACAGCAGAUGCCUCUUUAUCUAUUUCCGGAGUCGGAAGGAUUCAGAAGAAGGCUUAUCAUCGGGUAAACAUACAAAUGUUAUCAAGCAAUUCUGAAUUUUCCACAAAUUUGGAAACAUUUGUUUUGCCCACAAUUAUACCUCCGCAACCAAAUCAUGAUUUGGAUAUACAAAACUGGCAAAUUCCCAAGAAUAUUAGAUUAGCAGACCCUAAUUUUAACGUUCAAGGAAAAAUUGACAUUUUACUCGGAGCUGAGUUUUACUUCAGUUUAAUGCAACCAGGCACAAUAAAACUAUAUGGUCAUCAACCCAUACUCCAAAAUACUGCGCUUGGCUGGAUUGUAGGUGGUUUAAUUCAACAAUCGUCAACGGACGACACAUCAGCAGCGCUAACAUGCGCAAUUUCUAGUGAAACAUCACUGGAACAAGCUAUCGAAAAAUUAUGGAAACUUGAGGAAGUGGAAUCAACUGAAAAGGUCAUGUCUCCAUUAGAAACUCUUUGCGAAUCUCACUUCAAUCAACAUGUUAAGACGGAUCAGAAUGGUCGUUUCAUCGUCAGCCUUCCGUUUCAAGAAUCUCCAACAGCAUUGGGGAAAUCACAUGCAAUGGCUUAUAACCGAUUUAUGAGCCUUGAACGCCGACUUCUACAGAAGGAAGAUAUCCGAAGUCAGUACAUUAAAUUUAUGCGAGAAUAUGAACAAUUAGGACACAUGCAAAAGAUUGACGUGUGUACCGUAUCAAAUCCUAAAUAUUUUAUUCCGCAUCAUUGUGUUCUCAAGCCCGAUAGUACAACAACAAAACUUAGGGUUGUAUUUGACGCAUCAGCGAAAACUUCAUCAGGUCAAUCGUUAAAUGAUCUAAUGUAUACAGGACCAAUCGUACAAAGUGAAUUGUUUUCUAUUUUGCUGAGGUUUCGAUUGCCAAAAUUCGUCUUCACAACCGAUAUUGAAAAGAUGUACAGGCAGAUUUUAAUGCAUCCCGAUGAUCAAAGGUAUCAGCUAAUUAUCUGGAGAGAGGAUCCAUCCCAUCCAGUCAGUUAUUACAAACUUAAUACGGUCACAUAUGGGACACGUUCAGCACCGUAUCUGGCUACAAAAUGCUUACAAAAGAUUGCAAACGAGAACAUGGAGCGUUGUCCAUUAGGCUCACAAAUGCUGAAAGAUACUUUUUAUAUGGAUGACGGUCUCGGCGGUGCAGAUAGCCUAAGUACAGCUAUUGAAAUACAAAAGGAGUUAAUAACAAUCUUGAAACAACACGGCUUCAUUCUAAGGAAAUGGUCAUCCAAUACACCAAAAUUGCUGAAGGACAUACCACAUAGCGAUCGAGAAGUGAACCUGGAUCUCAACGAAUCUCAAACAAUAAAGAAUUUGGGAUUAUAUUGGACGCCGCAAACAGAUCAAUUUUCUGUAAAAACAAACAUUGAUCAUAAUGAAAUCAUAUCAAAACGAGUAGUUACGUCUGAACUAGCAAAAUUAUUUGAUCCGUUUGGCCUACUUGCACCGAUUGUGGUGAAGGCAAAAAUAUUUAUUCAGCAGCUGUGGCAACAUACAUUAGAUUGGGACGAAGCAUUACCCGAAAAACUUUGUGCCACUUGGAAAACAUUUCGAAGGGAAUUGGAAGGUCUCAACAACUUUAAGAUACCGCGACAUGUAUUCUGUGGGGAGAUCCCGACGAAAAUCCAGUUGCAUGUGUUUGCCGAUACAUCGGAAAGAGCUUUUGGCGCGGCUAUUUAUAUUCGUUUUAUUGGAAAAGAUGGACGAGUAGUUGUACGUCUGAUCUGUGCUAAAUCCAGGGUAGCUCCUUUGAGAAAGCAAACUCUACCGCGAUUAGAGCUAUGUGCCGCAGUGGUAGCAGCUCAACUGGCUACCAGGGUGAAAAAUGACCUAAGGCUUCAGAAUAGUCCGAUGUUUUUAUGGACUGAUUCUGAAAUAGUACUCGCCUGGAUAAAAUCAAAGUCCAACGUAUAUAAGACUUUUGUGGCUAAUAGGGUAUCCACCAUACAAAACUUAACAUUGCCAGAACAAUGGAACCACGUUAAGUCAAAAGAAAAUCCUGCCGACAUUUUAUCCCGAGGACUCUCGCCAGCUGAUCUUCCUAAAUGCCGAUUAUGGUUUCAUGGUCCAGUUUUUCUUCAUGGAAAGGAAGAACUAUGGCCGACCAAAUUCUCUCCGCAAGAGGAUAUAACAAAUAGCAUGGAGUUAAAGACUGCAGCUACGACGUCAAUAGUAGCUUCUGACAUGCAUCUAAUACAUAUGAUCGAGCACAAAAAUUCAUUCAGGAAGUUACAAAGAAUUUUGGCAUACGUGCUUAGAUUCACCGGCAAUGCACGUAUGCAAAAGGCACACCGGCCUCAACAUAUAGCAGUGUCUUCCAACGAAUUAGACGACUCCCUUCGUCUAAUAAUUCAAGCCGUACAAUCAUCCGAAUUUGCAGCUGAUAUCAACGCAUUGAAGGCUGAAAAGCAGAUUAAUAAGCAUAGCUCGCUAUGCAGUUUAUCACCGUUUUUGGAUGAUGAAGGCAUUCUUCGCGUUGGAGGAAGAUUGGAACAUGCUAUGCUACAAAUGGAUGCGAAACACCAAAUGAUAUUGCCUUAUAAUGAUCCUUUGGUGAAAUUGCUAUUUAAGACAGUUCAUGAAGAAAACAAACACAAUAACGAUAUAGCUGAAGAAUCCGACCAAUUCAACAAUUCUCAACUGUUUGGACUUCUAUCAACGCAUUUGAUGUUAUCCGCAAUAAAUCUACAGAGAACACAGGCCGAAAUCAUUAAUGUGCUUACUGAUACUCAUCAUGGAAAAAUAAGUCCCCUGUUAUUGGCUCCUCAUCAAUUGAAAGAAGAAAUUAGUGUCAUUAUGGCUAAUCUUCCAAUUUCACAUGCUUUGCCAACAUCAGGUGACAAUUUGAUUCAACUUUAUAAGCUUAUGAGUGUUAAAGGGGCAGUUACAAAAUAUGAAAUCAUUUUUGAAGUGAAGAUACCCUUAGUUAACCAACAGUUUUUUGAGUUGUUCAAAAUAGUUGCAGUUCCAACAAUACAAAAUGACACCUUAAUCGCCAUUCAACCAGAAACGGAAUACAUAUCUACCGAUGCACAUAGAGAAGAAUGUAUUCUUGUCAAAUCAGAGGAUAUUUCAAGCUGCCUCAAACCAAACGAUGAUGAAUAUAUUUGCAGAAGUCAGCAGUCAAAGCUCAAGAAAAAUGCACUUGUUAACACUUGCGAGAUCAAUAUCUUCAAUAACCAAUCAACUAGCAAUUGCUGUCUUCACAAAAUUACUGGAACAGCAGUUUGGAGUCAAUUACAUCAUCAAAAUAAAUGGAUCUUUGCUACUACAGCCGAUAUUGAAUCUUCAAUGGUAUGCGGAUCUGAAACCAACCUCAUCAUCAUUAAAAAUUCCGGAAUAAUGGAAAUUGGUCCUACCUGCGUAAUAAAAAACAAAAUUGUUACGAUACAUGGACAUUUUGCAGCUUCCAGUAGUUUACAUACAUCCUAUGUAAGAUUGAAAGGCAUUCAAUAUAUAAGUCGACAAGAGGAAAUUGAAAAGGUUUCAACAAAUACCAAUACCACCUCUUACAAGAUUCAUCAAGAAGAAUUGGAUAAUAUACAAAAACAGUUGCAUGAAUCAACUCUAAAACACCUACCACAAUUAAUUCACUCAUUAAAUCAACAUCAUCAUGCAGUUAGCUACGCAUCUUUAGUUUGCUGCAUUCUUAUUUUACUUGGCCAGCUGAGUUGGAGGAUCCACACAAAAUUUAAGAAGCCAUCUCAAUUCAUACCUACACCAGCUAUAAGAUCUCAUCAAUCAACAAUCGAUGUUACAAUGGAGUCAUUCCCACAUGCAUCCAACCCAAGCGCAAUCAUUGAACAAUGUCAACGCGGCGGAGAAUGUUAA